CUGAAAUUUUAUAAUAAUAACACAGAGAGACGGCGCCUCCGCCGCGGUUGAAAUCCCUAGCCACCACUUCUCAUUCUCUUCAUCACCGCCAAAAACAAUGAUGACCGGCGAUUCAGUCGACGGUGUAGAUUUUAUCAGCUCUCUACCUGACGUGAUUCUCCACCAUAUACUCUCCUCUGUUCCGACCAGAUGCUCGAUCAGAACCUCCGUGUUGUCCAAACGAUGGAGGUAUGUAUGGUCUGAGACACCUUCCCUCUCCAUUGAUUGUCAUAGAGCCAACCCUAAUUCGAUCGACAAAACCCUGAUUAGCUUCUCGGCUCCCAAAAUCACGACUUUUCAUCUUCGUACAAGCUUGCUCAACAGGGUUCAACCCGUUAAUAGCUGGAUCGAAUUUGCCAUUUCUCACCACGCGGAGAAGCUUUCGCUGGAGAUUCGUGAUACCCGUGUUAGGGAUUACAAGUUUCCUGAUUUCUUCUACACCAAUUCAUCUGUGAAGCAACUCUUUGUCAACUCUGGAUCUGUUGGUUUGAUUCCCAAGUGUCCAGUGUCUUGGGCAUCUCUAAAGAACUUGUCUUUGAGCUUUUGCACACUUUCUGAUGAGUCCUUUCUUAAGAUUCUCUCUGGUUCUCCACUUCUGGAAAGCUUGGAAUUGCUGUAUUGUGAUGAAUUCAUGUGUCUUGAUCUGAGUCAAUCACCGCGUCUAAGAAGAUUGGAGGUUGACCGUAGCGAUUGGUAUAUGGGGCCAACGAAGAUUGUGGCGCCACAUCUACAUUCUUUGAGGUUGAGACACUCUCGAUUACCAUGCCGUUUAGUGGAUGUCUCUUCUUUAACAGAAGCUGACUUGAACAUUUACUUUUGCGAUCUUGGAACCCUUACGGCUGACUUUCUUCAACAUAAUGUGGUAAAGAUGCUAGAAAUGUUGCAGAAUGUAGAGAAGCUUACAAUCGGGGGUACUUUUCUUCAGAUGUUGUCACUUGCCGCCCUCUGUGGUGUACCUUUUCCGACGCUCAAGGUCAAAACUUUGACUCUUGAAACGAUGAUUAUUAGGUCUGUUAUUCCUGGCAUUACAAAGCUGCUACAGAACACGGCUGGAUUAAGAAAGCUAACAAUACACACUGUCAAAUGCAGCAGCAUAUCGGAAUUGCAUCUCAACUCUUAUUUGCGUUUACAUAGCUUGAAUCAGCGUCAAUGCUGGAGAUCGAAAGACUCAGUCUUCCCGGGCUCUCUUGAGACCAUUUCAAUGUUGGUGGGUAAACAUGCAGAGUCGAAUCUCGUCGCUUUGUUCGUGGAACGUCUACUGAAAAGUACAAAAAGUCUAGAAACGAUGGUUGUACUCUUGGUAGGUUACCUUGAUGCGUCAGGUUUUGAAGAGCUGCUUGCAAUGGCUACAACACUUUCUCAAAACAACGACGUUUCCAUAUUGAUCAAGCGAAGCUAUAUUAAGUAUGUAUCCAAUACUUUCCCAUAAUGUAAUAGGUGAUGUAAGCAAAAGCCAUUGUUAAAUAUGUAUCAUUAGAUUUUCGAAUUUAAUCUCACACAACAUUGUAUACUAAUAAUCCGAGUCAGAUAAAUUGGACUUUUAAAUUUCAAUAAAAUAUUUCAGUGUGUA